AUGACCGUCAACACAACAGUUCUCGACGCACUCAUCGUCGGCGGCGGGUUCGGUGGUGUCUACCAACUCAAGCGCCUUCGUGAAGAAGGCUACAAUGUCAAACUCGUCGACAUGGCCUCUGACUACGCGGGCGUAUGGUUCUGGAACCGAUAUCCAGGCGCUCGAGUUGACAGCGCCAUUCCGCACUACGAAUUCUCGGAUCCCGAAUUGUGGCGUGACUGGAACUGGACCCAACGAUUCCCUGGCAGCGCUGAACUCAGAGAGUACUUCUCAUACGUUGCUGAUAAAUGGGACCUUCGCAAGGACACUUUCUUCAACACGUAUAUCUCCAAGGCUGUUUGGAACGAAGAGGCAGAUAGAUGGGAAAUCGAAAGUAAAGACGGCAAGAAAUUUGUUGCGCGAUACUUACUCUUGAAUACUGGAUUCGCAGCCAAACGACAUACGCCUGACUGGAAGGGUAUCGACAAGUUUGGUGGUCUCUGGAUCCAUCCUUCGUACUGGCCUGCAAAAGAACCUGAUCUCAAAGGCAAGAAGAUUGCUGUCAUUGGAACAGGCUCGACAGGCGUCCAGCUCGCACAAGAGCUUAGCCAGGUUGCAAGCGAGUUUGUGCUAUUUCAGCGAACGCCUAACAUGGCAUUACCCAUGAAGCAGAUCGAAUACUCUCGCGAUGAGAAGCCAAUUUCUGAAGAUCGCUAUACCGAGGUUUUCAAAGGUCGACACGCUAGCUUUGGUGGAUUCGACUUCAACUUUUAUCCCCGAGACACUUUUAGCGAUGAUCCCGAGACACGUCGUGCAGUAUAUGAAGACUUAUGGUCUCAUGGCGACUUCAAAUUCUGGCUUGCAAACUACCAAGACAUGAUCUUUCGAGAGGACGCGAAUGCAGAAGCUUACAAGUUCUGGAAAUCCAAGGUUCAAUCUCGCGUCAAGGAUCCUCGUCUCCAAGAGAUUCUGGCUCCGGAAAAACAACCAUACAGUUUCGGCUGUAAGCGGAUUUCUCUCGAGAAUGGUUUCUACGAGAUUUUCAACCAACCCAAUGCAUCCUUGGUAGACGUCAACGCCACGCCAGUUGUUGAAGUCACAGAACGUGGUAUCGAAACAACUGAGAAGGAGUGGGAGUUUGAUGUUGUAGUUUGCGCAACGGGUUUCGAUGCCAUCACUGGUGGUCUGAAAGAUAUCGACAUCAGCGGCGUUUCAGGCGUAAAACUAGCUGAUAAGUGGGAGACUGGCGCCAAAACGUACCUUGGCAUGGCUGUUGCUGGUUUCCCCAAUAUGUUCUUCACAUACGGGCCUCAAGCACCGACGGCCUUGUGCAAUGGCCCAACAUGCGCUGAGUCUCAGGGCGAGUUCAUUAUCAAGGUUAUGAAGUACAUGUCGACCCAUGGCCGUCAUAAGAUUGAAGCCUGUCAAGACGCAGAGGCUGAGUGGGGAGCAAAGGUCCGGGGCAUUGCUAGUGCUUCUCUUCUACCCAGCACCAAAUCGUGGUAUAUGGGAGAUAAUAUCCCAGGCAAGCCACGCGAGUGCUUGAUUUACCUUGGCGGCGUUCCAACGUAUACUAAGACACUGCAAAACUGCACUAAGAAUGGCUUUGAGGGUUUUCAGCUGAAAUAA